GGUAUUGGUCGGCCAAGCGUAUACCAUGCGGUGGUGGUCAUAUUUCUAGAAUUCUUUGCCUGGGGGCUCCUGACAACUCCAAUGCUAACGGUCUUACAUGAAACAUUUUCCCAUCAUACAUUUUUAAUGAAUGGUCUUAUUCAAGGUGUUAAGGGCUUUUUGUCCUUUUUCAGUGCUCCGCUAAUAGGUGCUCUAUCCGAUGCAUGGGGAAGAAGAUCUUUUCUUCUUCUUACAGUUUUCUUCACCUGUGUCCCAAUUCCAUUAAUGAGAAUAAGUCCAUGGUGGUACUUCGCUAUGAUUUCGGUAUCUGGAAUCUUUUCUGUUACCUUUUCUGUAAUAUUUGCCUAUGUAGCUGAUGUAACACAAGAACAUGAAAGAAUUACAGCCUAUGGACUGGUAUCUGCCACCUUUGCAGCAAGUUUGGUAACUAGUCCUGCCAUUGGAGCAUACCUGUCUGCUAGGUACGGAGAUGACCUUGUUGUACUAGUGGCCACGCUGGUGGCUGUUGUGGACAUCUGCUUCAUCCUGCUGGCUGUACCAGAAUCUCUGCCAGAAAAAAUGAGACCUGCUUCAUGGGGAGCUUCUAUAUCAUGGGAACAAGCAGACCCCUUUGCAUCUCUGAAGAAGGUUAGAAAAGAUUCUACAGUCCUCCCGAUCUGCAUUACAGUGUUUCUCUCCUAUCUGCCUGAGGCUGGCCAGUAUUCUAGCUUUUUCCUGUACUUGCGACAGAUUAUAGGUUUUGGAUCUGCUAGCAUUGCAGCAUUUAUAGCUGUGGUAGGCAUUCUGUCUAUAAUAGCUCAGACUGUGUUUCUCAGUAUCUUGAUGAGGUCGAUAGGGAACAAAAAUACAGUUCUCCUUGGCCUUGGCUUUCAAAUCCUUCAGUUGGCUUGGUAUGGUUUUGGAUCUCAGUCUUGGAUGAUGUGGGCAGCAGGAGCUAUAGCAGCAAUGUCAAGCAUUACAUUCCCAGCAAUCAGUGCUCUGGUUUCACGAAAUGCAGAGUCAGAUCAACAAGGUGUUGUCCAAGGAAUAAUAACUGGAAUAAGAGGUCUGUGCAAUGGCCUGGGACCAGCACUGUACGGCUUUAUUUUCUUUCUCUUUCAUGUGGAGCUCAAUGAAUUGCCACCUGAUCAGACUUCUGGAAAAAAAGCAAUGCAAGAUCCCAGUGAUGAGAGAGCAAUCAUUCCUGGUCCACCCUUCCUGGUUGGAGCAUGCGUUGUUCUUCUGGCUUUUCUAGUUGCCUUAUUUAUUCCUGAGCACAGCAAAGCCAGCAGUACCAGGAAACACAGUAACAGCAUCAGCAGUACUCUGAGUAACAGCCAAGACCGAAGUAGUGAAGAGGACAUUGAACCAUUGCUGCAAGAUAGCAGUGUAUGA